AACUUUUGAACCGGCAACACUGUCAAGGAAUAUAAAAUGAUGAAUGCAUUUAACUAAUAGGUACUCUUGUUUCCCGGUGAGUGGAUACUGAAGAUAAGCCAUUUGUCGUUUUAUAUUGAGUUCAGUGUUUGAUUCUAUAAAUAUGGUAGUAAAACAUCACAUAGAAGGCUAUGAAAAUUUCUGUGACUUUUUCAAAAACUUUGACAGCAAAGGACAGUUGGUUUUUGUGUACUUUUCAGGUACUAAAUUACCAAGUGGGGAGAGUUGGUGUGAUGAUUGUCAAAGAGCAUGGCCUGUAGUUCAAGAAGAAGUUGAGAAGGCUGAUCCCAAGUCCCAUUUCAUCUAUGUUGAAGUAGGCGAUCGACCUACAUGGAAGGACCCAAACUGUCCCUUCAGAAAGGAUCUUAAAACAAGACUUAUGGUGUUGCCAACAAUAAUGCGAUGGGGUUGUCCUCAAAAAUUGGAAGGUGACCAGUGUGAGAAAGCCGAGCUUCUGUCCAUGUUAUUUACUGAUGAAGAUGACUAAAAUUCGCAUUCCAGAAUGAUGCCUUAUUUUUUUAUCAAGUAAUUUUGCCAGUGGAUGAAUAAAACUCAAAUUUUGUUCAAUUAUGUCUAUCAUUUGAUAAAAUCGGAUCCUCAUGUAUUCUAGGUGAUACGUGCAAUACUUAUUGUAACGCAAGACUUAAUAAAAAAUCAAUAUUCAAAGUCA